AUGGCAAAGUUUGGUUUCUGGAAAACGAAGGUGGAGAAAUUCUUUAUCGCGCGAGAAGAAAAGCCGAAAAGGCUGCUUCCUUCGCUGCGUAUGAUUUUAUUCAUCUUCGGAAUCUUUUACGCCUGGCCUGACGAGGGUCUGGAUACGAACGCUCUCUGGUGGUAUCGUUUGAAGGGUAUUCUGUUCCGGAUCUUGUUUAUUCAUCUGAGCAUUGCAACACAGAUCGCUUACAACUUCACGGUGACUACGCGUCAGGAAUUGUUUGCGGGAAUGUUCAUACUCCUAACCCAGAUUGUACUGAUUCUGAAGAUGGAAUUCUUCUACAAAAAUGUGUCCCAAAUACAACAGCUUGUCCGCAGAUUGGAAGGCGAGCUGUACUUGCCACGAAGUGCCGAGGAACAUGUACCAUUGGUACGGGCACGUAGAAAUACCACCAUAUUCUGGACCGUUUACUUUAUCUUCUCCGAUGGGUUAGUGGCAAACUGGCUAGUACUGUCUUGCAUCUACUCUACCAUGAUAGUUCCAUCAUGGCCUGGAGCGGAUGAUACGUCAUCGUACUGGAGAUUUUACCUGGUGCUAGUCUAUCAGUCCUCUGCCCUCUUUCUCAAUGCGUCGUUUAAUAUUUCCUGGGACUCGCUGGUAGCUGCACUACUUGCCCUCACGAAUGCUCACCUCCAUCGGUUACAGAUACAGCUCAUGAAGGUAGGACAUCAGGACGCUAAGCGAGGCGUCGAUAAUAAAAACAUUAUAAUGGUGGCGACGGUUGCCAAAUAUAAAAAUGCAAGUGAUGAAAUUUACAACGAACUGCUGCAGUGUAUCGUCUUUCACCAGGAAGUAACUGGGUUCCUUCGAGACGUGUUAAAACUGUUCAGUGGACCAAUGCUGUGCCAACUUUAUUGCUCCGUGCUGAUACUCUGUAUUACGGAGUUUCGUCUGCUAACGGAUGUAACCACAACAGUAGAAACAUCCAAGGCGCUUUGCUACCUAAUUUGCCUCAUUAUACAGGUGGUACAGUAUUGCUAUUUUGGAAACGAAAUUAACUACAUGUCCCAAAAGAUACACCAAGCGACGGCAUUCAUGAAUUACCCGGAUAUGGACAUCAGAACGCGAAAGUUACUGAUAGCUUUUCAACAAUUAACCGCCAAAGGCAUAAAGUGUAGUGCAAGAAAGAUAUUUACCAUCGAGCUAAGCAUGCAAACCUUUGUGACGGUAAGCAUAACAGUUGGUGGUGACGUCAUGCGGUGCGUCAUGAUUGAUUAA